UUUACGCCGGCCUCAAACUUCUCAACGGCAUUUUUCUUUGUUUGCUCGUAAACGCGUGGACAAUAAUUAAAUAGCAUCCGCGCGGCCGGUCCAGCUAUUGCAAUGGCGAACACGUUUCGCGGAGUUACGGUCUCCGCUGUAAACAAUGACGGCACUCAGGUUCCGCGCUUCAAUUUUCCCACAAACGUAAACGUGGAUUAUGAUCCACAAGGGCUAAGUGUUAAAGUGAUACGUGCUGAUCCAGUGUUAGCUCAAGAGGUGCUCGAAUUCCCCGUUCACAACCAGAGUGAGUGUUCCCGCGUCGUCGGCCAGUCGUAUAUUUUUACGAUCGACAAUGAAACUUUAUUUUUCAAGUUCGCUUCUGAAGCCGACUGUCAGAAUUUUCACCUGCUCGUCAGUAAAAUCAAGGCGGGCCGGUCGUCAUCCGUUUUCACAGUGCGCACCGAAGAUUCGUCGGCGAUGCAGUAUUUCCAGUUUUAUGGUUACCUAAGUCAGCAGCAGAAUAUGAUGCAAGAUUAUGUGAGAACUAGUACGUACCAACGAGCUAUAUUAUCUAAUAUCAACGAUUUUAAGAACAAAGUGGUGCUGGAUGUGGGCGCCGGUUCAGGAAUCUUAUCAUUUUUUGCCGCGCAAGCUGGAGCGCGUAAGGUGUAUGCAGUAGAAGCUAGCAAUAUGGCGCAUCACGCCCAAGCUUUAGUACGCGCCAAUGGCCUUCACGAUCGUAUCACUGUGGUAGCUGGCAAAAUUGAGGAGAUUGAACUGCCCGAGACUGUAGAUGUGAUAAUUUCGGAGCCAAUGGGCUAUAUGUUGUAUAAUGAGCGUAUGCUGGAGACAUAUCUGCAUGCUAAGAAGUGGUUGAAACCGAAUGGCAAUAUGUACCCAACUCGUGGUGACUUGCACAUAGCACCAUUUACUGAUGAUGCUCUGUUUAUGGAGCAAUACAAUAAAGCUAAUUUCUGGUACCAAACUUGCUUCCAUGGAGUAGAUCUAAGUGCACUUCGUACGGCAGCUAUGAAAGAGUAUUUUAGGCAACCUAUAGUUGACACAUUUGAUGUUCGUAUUUGUAUGUCAAGAUCUGUGAGACAUGUUGUUGACUUUCUAAAUGCACAUGAAACCGAUCUACAUCGGAUUGAGGUACCAUUCAGAUUUGAGUUGACGCAGUCUGGUACAUGCCAUGGACUGGCGUUCUGGUUUGAUGUGCUAUUCGCAGGCAGUACACAGCACAUAUGGCUAUCGACGGCGCCUACGGAGCCUCUAACCCAUUGGUAUCAAGUCCGUUGUCUGCUUGAAACACCAAUAUUUGCCAAACAAGGCCAAGCAUUGACUGGCCGAGUGCUCUUAUUAGCCAAUAAGAGGCAGAGUUACGAUGUUACCAUGGAGGUGAAUUUGGAGGGAACUAAUAUAUCAUCAUCAAACACGCUGGACUUGAAGAACCCAUACUUUAGAUACACGGGGGCUCCAGCGGCACCUCCUCCUGGUGUUAACACUACCUCACCAAGUGAAUCAUACUGGAACUCUCUAGAAACUACUGGUACGUUGACGAAUGGACAGGGUGUGAUUCUUGCAGAUGGAACACAGCAGUAUUGCUCGACUCCUGACCAAACUAUUGCUUACAGUGGCCACCCAAAUAUGAUUAAAACAGUGAUGCUACAAGAGGAAUUCAUCAAGAGAAUCGGGAUUAGCCAAAAUGGGGACAUAUAAUCCGCAAAGUCGCGCCGAGCGCGCCUUAGGGCUAUAAGGAACCGUAAUCGGUUGUGAACAUUCUUCCGUUCAGACUUUGUUAGUGUUUAAGAGAACUUAUUUAUUUUGAAUGAAGCAUCACACUGAAGAGGACUGUAUUUAGUUAGGAGUUAACUGGCCUUGUCUAUGACAGUGAAAUGCAAUAAAACAGAGCGCCUUCUCCGUCGACAUUUUGUUUUUACAGAAUGACGCUUACUAGUGUAAUUCGAUGAAAAAUCUGCUUGUAUGUUAAUUGUGGAAAUUUGUUGUAAAUAUUCUGUGGUGAUUAGGAAAUAACGGGCCGAGUUAAGGGUUGCUCUAGAGUUAGCUAGAGAUGAAGUACACUUAGUAUAAGCAAUAAGUGCUGAUUUUUAAUGAUAAUGCUUAUCAUUGUCAAUACUCAUUUAUCAUUAGAGCAGGCUCAAUCAUAUUAGUUAGGUAGGGGAAUCGAGUAUUCUAUUGAAGGCAGUUGGUGAUGUAAGGAGUUUUUCAGUUUGGUCACAAUUUGUCUAUGGUCCAUGUAUCUCAUAAUAAUUUGAAUUUAGAACGGUAUAAUUGUGACAAUGGCCAUGCUGCUAAAACUCUUACUUGAAGGUCUAGGUUGGGUAGGAUUCCAUGUCUGCCGAUCAAAACAAACUCUUGAGAUUGUGGAUAACAUCUGGAGUCAACCACUAGAUAUUUCAAUGAUAUUUUUAUACAUAGCCAUACAUAAAAGUUAUGUUUCUGUAAAUAUUUUAAAUGUAAGAUAAAGUUAGUGACAUUUCUAUUUUUUUUUUCGCUGAAAUUUAUCAGUAUUCGUUUGUGUUCCGUACCUUUAAUAUUUUGUAAGGUUUAUUACAUUAUAUAAUAGCUAUGUACCCAAAUGAUGAUUAUAAAAUUAUCAUUAAUU